GACGCGGGCCCAUUCGACGGCUCCUUGCUGGGUCCCACCACCCACGCUCCCGCCUCGUCGUCUCCCAUGGCCGCAGCGGCGGCGGCGGCCUUGUCGCGCCGCCUGGGCGCGGCCGUGCGCGGGCUCUCCGGAGCGUGGCACGGGCGCCACAUGGCCGCGGCCGGCCGCGCCAUCCGCACCCGCCUCCCCCUCGUCGACCUCGUCCUCGAGGUCCGCGACGCCCGCAUACCGGCCUCCUCGGCGUUCGAGCCUCUCCGCAGCCGCCCCCUGGAACCCGACAGCCGCCGGGUCGUCGUGCUCAACAAGGCCGACCUGGCAGAUCCGUCCGAAACCGAGAAGUGGUUGGCGUACAUGAAGCAAAGGAGCUGCCCUUGCAUCGCGGUUAAUUCGCACAACAGGGAAAGCAUCAAGGAGCUGUUGAGUGUUGUGCGGUCGAGGAUCAGAGAGAUCAAGUUUGGCGAGAGCGAUUGCACGGGAACCGUCCUCCUGGUCGGGAUUCCUAAUGUUGGGAAGUCGGCCAUUGUUAACGCGAUGCAUCGAAUUGGGAGGAUUGGGGCAGCAGAGAAGGGAAAGCUCAAGCAUGCGAUUGUGAGCAGCCAUCCUGGAGAAACCAGAGAUAUCAGUGGAUACAAGGUUGCUAGUCAUCCAAAUAUAUAUGUGUUAGACACUCCUGGUGUUCUGUCGCCUAGAUUUGUAAAUGAUGAUUCUGGUUACAGACUAGCUUUGACGGGAGCGAUCAGGGACUCCUUGUUAGAGGAGUAUGUUAUCGCUCAAUUUCUUCUUGCAAUUGUAAACUCAAGGGAGGAAUAUAGGAAGUGGGAGAACUUGAAUCAAGUGGGGGAUAGCUUUUCUUGUGGCAAUGCAAUUACCUCCAGGAGCCACAACAAGGAAAGGCAAUAUGCUUCAGAUCAUACCCAGGACUUUAUCGUGAAGGCUGUACGCCAAGUGCUUUUUGAGACUAUAUCAUCUUUUAAGGGGGAUCUAGGAAAGGAGGAUGAGUUCAGAAGAUUGCUAGACUGCCAAUUUGUAUCAUUGCAGGAGGCUUUCAGGGUUUCCACUGAGUCAAGUGAGGAUAUGCAUAAACCUGUUGCUUUGAAACUACUCAAUCUCUAUCGGACUGGAAGGCUUGGCCAUUAUACCUUAGACCAUGUUCCAGAUGUUAGGCAGGAAGUUGCUGCAUAGUUAUGCAUUGCCUAAUGCAUGUCAAAGAAGGAUAUGUUUAAACUAAAAAAAGGCAAUGCUUACGGAAUUUAGAAAAACAGAUUGCGUACUAUAUGUGGCAAAUCUGACACUAUCCAAUAAAUAGCUUGAGCGAUUUUUUUGGACUGGGACAAGCUUGUCACACCUAAAUGCUGCUGUCCAGCAAGAAGAAUCUUUGCAGAAGCAAUACAGCGAUCUUCCUCCUAAAUCAUUCCGUGUGAUCGAACUUGAUGACAUUUUAGGCUAAGUUGUUUUAGGACUUAUGGUUGAUGGAGCUGUAAACUCGUGUGUACUAGCCGGAUGGUUUUUUUUUCCUUCUAAUCCAAGUGAUUAGUUCCCGGGAUGUAUGAGCUUUGUACAUUUCGACAUUAUGUACAAUUAGUUUUCUAUAAACUCAUGAAAAGAAAGAAAAAGGAAGUUGUCUAUAUUAAUCUUUGUAUUUCUAAUAUUUA